UAUAAAACCCCCUGAUAUUUGUUUUCCCCAUUUAUAUACACAUAAACCGAUAUAUCAGAUUAUUACAUUACCAAUUAAUUAAUCUUUGGUAUUAGUAUACAUUUUCUUUCAUUAAAAUGCAAAUGGUUCAAGCUGGUGGGCGUAACACAUCAAGGAGUUAUUCAAAGCAAAUUGUUGCCUUCAAACACAGCGAGGCCGAAAGAAUUAGAAGAAUGCGUAUCAAUAGUCAAUACGCCACUCUUCGUACUAUUCUCCCAAAUUUGAUCAAAAUGGACAAGGCUUCGGUCCUGGCAGAAACGAUAAAGCGAGUGAGGGAGCUGAAGAAGGCAGUGGAGGAAGUGGAUUCUGUUUGUGGUGGCACCGCCGUCCCGAGCGGGGACGAUAGCCUGAGCUUGGAAUACUCUGGAGGAUUAAAAGAAGAAGAAAAAGAUGGUCAAGUGUUUAUAAAGGUGACAUUGAGUGUUGAGGACAGGCCAGGGCUGAUGUUGGAGUUGAUAAAUGCUAUAAGAUCGGCUAAGGGUAGUGGGGAAGUUGGAUUAAUAAGGGUGGUCAAGGCUGAGAUGGUCACAGUUGGUGGCAGGACCAAGACCCUGCUGUGGCUGCAACCAAUGCCUCCGCUGCCUAGCUCAGGUAGCGGUGGCGGCGAUGGUGAUGGUGAUGGUGAAGGAGUGUUGGUGUUGCUUAGGAGGAGUUUGAGGUUAGUUCUUGCCAAAAAAGUUGAAGUGAAAAAUUAAUAUGGAAAAGGCUAAACUUAGUAUUAGACAUGUAUGUAUGUAUGUAUGUUGGUUUCUUAUUUUAUUGUUAGUUAACUAAAUUAUGUGUUUUAUUUAUUUAUUGUUUGGACAACUCGAAGAUACUACUUCCUUAUUUAUAUUAGUUUAGUAUACAUAGGAUGAAAUUAAUUGGACGUACAUCUACACUUAUUUUAGUUUCAAAUAAAAGUAAUAUAUAAUAUAAUUAACCCAUGAUCGUGUCAAUGGUACUUACACAGUAAAUUAAAAAGUGUAAUGUAAGCACAGCAGGGUGACAUUUUUGUGUAUUAAUUUAGUACUGAAUUAUAUAA